AUGGAUGUUUAAGGAGAACAUGAAGCCCCACCCACAUAUAUUCGCACGUGCUGGCUAUAUAAUAAUGUACAGCGAGCGCGCUGCACGCGUGUCAGAUGAUGUUUACUACAGCACGCGCACAACGCUCGAGACAGCAGCGCGUGAAGAAGGCGACGCAUGUGCCGGAUUAUGAUUGUAAAUGUUUGGAGAAUGCCGCCGCUGACGCUCGUCUGCUUGAUGCUGUGCGUCUCCGCGUGCGUCGCGGCGUUGUGCCCGCCGCGCUGCGAGUGUUCGGAGACGCAACGCAAGGUGAGUUGCGCGUCCGCUGGACUCUCCCGUAUACCUGCCGCGAUACCGCGCGACGCCACGCGCCUGAGCAUCACCGGAAACUCCAUUCAGCGACUCGAGCAGAGCGCGUUUAACGCGCUGCAGAAUGUCACUCACCUGAACCUGAGCAGUAACGGAAUUAUGGAGCUGGGCUCGCACGCGUUCUCGUCUCUGCAGACGCUGCGUUCUCUGAUCCUGAACGACAACCUUCUGGUUCUGAUCCAUCCCGAAGCGUUCUCCGUUCCCGGAAGUCCUCUGCAGGAGCUCAGCCUCAGAUCUUCUCUCCAUAACUACACGUCCCUGACGGACCUCAUCACUGCCCUGCGCUGGGGUCAGCUCACAAGCCUGCAGCGUCUCGACCUGUCAGCCAAUCACCUCGUCCUUCUGCCUCCCGCCAUGUUUUCCCCUCUGCCCAACCUGCAGCAUCUCCACCUGAGCGAGAACUCUCUCUCGGCCGUGCACAACAGCACAUUCUCCGGCGUGGAGCGGCUUCUGGAGCUGGACCUGACCCGAAACGCCAUGCGGCAUUUAAGUGGCGAGGGUCUGCGGGAGCUGGAGCGACUGCCUCGCGUCCGGCUGCUGUUGAGUCAGAACCCGUACGUGUGCACGUGUGACACGGAAGAGUUUGUGAGCUGGCUGAACUCUUCCAGGGUCAGGGUGGGUGAUGUGGAGAAGCUGUUUUGCGCGUUCCCGGCGGCGCUGCGGCAAUUCUCGCUGCAGACUCUGAGCGCUCAGGCCCUCGGGUGUCACGUCAAUCCUGUGGGCAAAGAGGUCAUCCACUUGACCCUUCAGACGUCUUACGUGUUCCUCGGACUCGUGCUGGGAUUCGUGGGAAUGGUCUUCCUCUUUGUGGUGUAUCUUAACCGAAAGGGAAUCAAGAAAUGGAUGUCAGAGUUUUAUGAAGCCUGCAGAGACGUGCUGGAGAGUUAUCAGUACCGCUAUGAAAUUGACUCUGAUCCACGACUGCAACAGGUCUCACAGGAUCAAGCUCAAGCUGACACGCGUGUGGGACGUGUGCCGUCUGCGGUCCGCCCUGAACAGAUUCCGUCUGAUGUGACGUUAUAACUACUGUGUGCAAUGUGUGUCUUUUGAGAGGUGUGUUGUGUUUCAGUGUGUAGAAGAGUGAAAAAUGGAUCAAACCUUUAGACACUAGAGCCAUGAAGCAUAGUUUCUUUCUUACUAGAUGAAGAAUAUUAACUCUUAGGAUUUGAAAGCACACAGAUGGCUUAAUAGUGACACUUCAGCCCCAAAAUGGAAAUCCUUUCAUCAUUUACUCAAACCUGUGCGAGUUUCUUUCUUCUUCAGAACACAACAGAAGAUAUUUUGAAGAAUGUUGAUGAUCGAACAACACUGAGCUCCAUUGACUUCCUUUGUAUGAACACAUAACCACUUCUCAAUAUUUCUCAAAAUAUCUUCUGUGUUCCACUGAUUUUUGGCUGAACUCUUCUUUUCAAGCAAACAUUUGUGAUGCAAAAUCAACAUCCGUAAGAUGGGACACACACGUGCGGUGGGAAUGAGAACAACAUUGACUCAAUUCAUGUUUAAUAUUUGAAAACAAAAAUGUUGAAUGAUGCACAAACACUGUUGUAUUUAUGUUUAACACAAUUCAAUCACAACAUCUCUCUGUCUAAUGUUCUGUGAUGAAUCUAAAGCUUUCAUAAGAGAUACACAAGAUUCAUAUUCUCCUCUCCGUACUGCCCCAGACACACACACACACGCACAAUUGUGUCCUCAUUAUUUGGUUAUGGCUCAUCUCACUGCUGGUUGGGGAAGAAGAGGAAGAUGAAGACAGGGUGAAAAUGGGGCACAAUGAAGGAUUUGGAGUGUUCUGUGUGUGUGUGUGUGCUGGAGCUCACGGCUAAUGACUGCAAUUGAUCAAGAGCAGACAGCCCAUAUUAAUCUGAGUCUUUGCUUUUGGCCACAAGUCUAUUAGAGAGAGAGAAAGUCUGUGUGUGUUGGGGGCCUUGUUUUAUACAUCCUGGUGGGGACCUGAAUACACACCAACUCAUGGGGACU